CUUUUGGGGCAGCUCAAAAGGAAAGCCAACGCGGAGGAAAACGCAAUCAGAGACACAAGCAGUGAAACAACUUAAGCGCCACAAAUCGAAAUCAGAGACCGAGCCAAAUCUUGCAGCAUAGUGUUAAACGAAUAAGCCACCAAAGCAAAUACUCGUACAAUUAACCCGAGCAUCCCGAGACAUCCGUUCAGAGACAGCCGCAUCUGCAGCCAGAGGAGCCGGAUUCCCUUGGAGAAGGAGGAGCUGUUCGACAAAGACAAAGACCAAAAGAAGGCGACACAGCCGCACAGCACAGCACAGCACAGCACAGCAGAGCCGAGCAGAGUUGAGCCAAAGGCCGAAAAGAGUGCGAACAAUGUGCGCCGCUCUGCGUCAACGCAAUUUGUGGCUGCGGAGCCUCUGGGCCGUCGCCGUGGUCGUCCUGGCCAUUGGCACUGUUCAGGGCGCCUCGCCACGCUGGGAACCGCAAAUAGCUGUGCUCUGCGAAGCCGGACAAAUCUAUCAGCCGCAGUAUCUGUCCGAGGAGGGACGCUGGGUGACAGACCUGAGCAAGAAAACAACUGGCGCCACAUGUUUGCGUGAUAAAAUGGAUUUGCUUGAUUACUGCAAGAAGGCCUAUCCCAACCGAGACAUUACCAACAUUGUGGAGUCAUCGCACUACCAGAAGAUCGGUGGCUGGUGCCGCCAGGGCGCCCUGAACGCGGCCAAAUGCAAGGGAUCCCAUCGCUGGAUUAAGCCGUUCCGUUGUCUGGAAGGACCAUUCCAAUCGGACGCCUUGCUGGUGCCAGAAGGUUGCCUCUUCGACCACAUCCAUAAUGCGUCGCGCUGCUGGCCGUUCGUCAGAUGGAACCAGACGGGCGCCGCCGCCUGCCAGGAACGGGGCAUGCAGAUGCGCAGCUUCGCCAUGCUUUUGCCUUGCGGCAUAUCACUCUUCUCCGGCGUGGAAUUCGUCUGCUGCCCAAAGCACUUCAAGACCGAUGAGAUUCAUGUGAAGAAGACCGAUUUACCGGUGAUGCCCCCCGCCCAGAUCAGCAGUGCCAACGAUGAGCUGAACCUGAACGCCAACGAGGAGGAUGACAGCAACGAUUCCAACUAUUCGAAGGAUGCAAACGAUGACGAGCUGGACGACGAGGAUGAUCUGAUGGCCGAUGACGAGGAGGACGAGAUGGUGGCCGACGAGGCGGCUGCGGCAGGCGGCACCGGCACCGGCACCGGCUCUAGCUCAGCCGCGGCUGGCGAUGCUAGCAGCGGCUCCCUGGACGACAUCAAUGCGGAGUAUGACAGCGGCGAGGAUGGCGACAACUACGAGGAGGAUGGCGCCGGCUCCGAGGGCGACAAUGACUCGGACACUUGGGACCAGAACGGCAGCUCCAGCGGCGCCAAGCCCGUGGGCCUGAAGGUUCCAGUUUUCUCCAUGGCAUCCUCCUCCUCAUCGCCGUCCAGCCUGCCCGUGGGCUCCGAUGGCAUCUCCGGCAAGACUCCCGUAAAGCCCGACCAGGUCACACGCAUUCCCAUAUACUCGCCUGCACAGGCUGCAGCCAAAGACGCUGCGAUCAGUAAUGCCAACCAUAUCAAUCGACUUGCUGCCGCCGCCGCUGCCGCCGCUGCUGCUGCUGCUGCUACUGGGGCUGCUGGGGCACCUCCGUCGACGGCCCAGCCCACCUCUGACCCGUACUUCACCCACUUUGAUCCGCACUACGAGCAUCAGAGCUACAAAGUAAGUCAGAAAGAAGCCCAACAGCGCCUUGAGGAAUCGCACCGCGAGAAGGUCACCCGUGUGAUGAAGGACUGGUCCGAUCUGGAGGAGAAGUACCAGGACAUGCGCCUAGCCGAUCCUAAGGCUGCCCAAUCUUUUAAGCAGCGCAUGACCGCCCGCUUCCAGACUUCUGUUCAGGCACUCGAGGAAGAAGGCAACGCCGAGAAGCACCAGCUGGCCGCUAUGCACCAGCAACGCGUCCUCGCCCACAUCAACCAGAGGAAGCGCGAGGCCAUGACCUGCUACACCCAGGCCCUUACCGAGCAGCCGCCCAACGCCCAUCACGUGGAGAAGUGUCUGCAAAAGCUGCUGCGGGCCUUGCAUAAGGACCGAGCCCAUGCACUGGCACACUACCGACACCUGUUGAACUCGGGGGGACCGGGAGGCCUGGAGGCGGCUGCCUCAGAGCGACCCCGCACUCUGGAGCGUCUGAUCGACAUCGAUCGGGCGGUGAACCAGUCGAUGACCAUGCUGAAGCGCUACCCGGAACUGUCCGCCAAAAUCGCUCAGCUGAUGAACGAUUACAUCCUGGCUCUGCGCAGCAAGGACGACAUUCCCGGCUCGUCGCUUGGCAUGAGCGAGGAGGCAGAGGCGGGCAUUUUGGAUAAGUACCGCAUCGAGAUCGAACGCAAGGUGGCCGAGAAGGAGCGUCUGCGUCUGGCCGAAAAACAGCGAAAGGAGCAGCGUGCCGCCGAGCGUGAGAAGCUGCGCGAGGAAAAGCUACGUAUGGAGGCCAAGAAGGUUGACGACAUGCUCAAGUCGCAGGCGGCCGAGCAGCAGUCCCAAUCCCCGUCCCAGUUCCAGUCCUCCUCUCAGUCCCAGUCCCCAGCCCUGUUGCAGGCACAGCAACAGCAACAGCAGUCGCAGCAGCAAGACAAGAGCGUCAACAGCAAGGAGCUGGGCAUCGACGGCGGCCUCGUAACCGCAGCCAACCUGAAUCUCGACACCACCAAGAGCGAGAAGGACCUGGCCGAUGCCGAGUACGCCGAGGCCACUGUCAGCACCAAGGUGCAGACCGUGCUGCCAACGGUUGACGAUGAUGCCGUUCAACGGGCGGUGGAGGAUGUGGCUGCUGCCGUGGCCCACCAAGAGGCCGAGCCGCAGGUGCAGCACUUCAUGACCCACGAUCUGGGCCACCGCGAAUCGAGCUUCUCGCUGCGCCGCGAGUUCGCGCACGCGCACGCGGCCAAGGAGGGACGCAACGUCUACUUCACUCUCUCCUUUGCCGGCAUCGCCCUCAUGGCGGCUGUCUUUGUGGGUGUGGCCGUGGCCAAGUGGCGAACAUCGCGCUCGCCGCACGCCCAGGGCUUCAUUGAGGUGGAUCAGAACGUGACCACACACCAUCCCAUCGUACAGGAGGAGAAGAUUGUGCCCAAUAUGCAGAUCAAUGGGUACGAGAAUCCGACCUAUAAGUACUUCGAGGUGAAAGAGUAAGCGCCCCAGGCAGCCAGGCAGCGGUAGAGCAAGCGAGCAGGCGAGAGCACGGCACAUCAACAGCAAACAGCAAACAGCAAAACGCAAAAGCAGCAGCAAAAAACCAACAAUUUCAAAAGGAAACUUAAACAUAAUAUUAAAUACAAAAAAUGAAAUGAAGAAAAGGUUUUUUUUUCGUCAAAAGGAGCGCAGUUCCAAUAAGAGAUAAAAGCAGUUAAGAAUGAAAGGCAAAACAUGCAAAUGAAGGAAGAUUCGGAUGAAAGUAUCCAAUGAAUGGUAAUGCAUCUAUAUAUUAAAUUAAAGCAAGCAGAAUGGCAAAUAAUAUAAAGCAAGCAAUUAAAUUUAAGUAUUUAAAUGUUUAACAAAAUGCAGUCAAACAUCCUCCCUCUCUCUCUAUCUCAAGCUCACUCGCUGUCUCUCUCUCUCUCUCACUCACUCCCUUUCCCUUUUAGACACACACACACACACGCAAGCAUACAGUUUUCUCUUUCACAAAACAUCCGUAUUCGUACGAGUACACCGAAAAACAGUAUUCUGUUGCUUUUCCCAACAUUUCCCAAUAUUUGAAAUGUGGCUCUACUUGAGAAGGAGAGAGUACUUGAGUUCAGCGAGGCAGUCGAAAGCAGGAAAGCAGGAAAGCAACACACAAGCACAGACAUACAUACAUACAUACAUACAUACACUAAGGAAGGAGCUAGAGUUGGAGCAGCAGAAGGACUAGAAUAAAGAGAAGAGCAAAAGCAAAAGCAAUGCAAAAUGCAAAAAAAAAGAUAUUCCUAGUAAAUAAAUUGUCAAGUCACACUCA